UAUUGAUAAAUAAAAACUCUGAUUUUAUAUAUAUAUCAAUAAAAUUUUAUUUUAAUUACCACUUAAAUGUAAACAACAGUACAUUCGCUUAAACAUUACAAAGAUUGUAACGCGUGAGAAACUUCAAAUAAUCUUAAUUUAAAAUUUUAAUAAUUUAUAAUUUUUAUCAUUGUUCUAAUAAAAAAUGAACAAGAGGACAUUUGUGAUGGAUAGUCUUUGGAUCGAAUGAAUCAAAAUUGUACAUGAUUUCCUUAUAAUUAAAAUACUCGUUUGUAAAAAGGAACAUCGAAGGGUUUGCUUUAUAUUUUUAAAUAACUAUUAAUUAAAUAUUUGAAUUGAUAAAAGAAAGUCUCAAUAGAGUUAUUGCUUUUGAAAGAGAAAAGUCGAGUAGAGUAUUUGCUAAAAAACAAAGAGACUUGUAGAGUUAUAUUCCAUAGUUCUAUAUAAUAAGUUAAUGAAUUUUUAGGUCAGAAUUUUCAGCAAUUAAUGUAUUAAUUCUAAUUUCUCCUACGCUGCGAAAAGGUAUCUCUUAAAAAAAUAAUAAUCAAUUUCUAUAAAAAAAAAAAAAAAAAAGGUUUAUACUUUUUAUAUACGUUAGGAUUGUAUUAGAGUUUUUUUCCAUAUCUUAAGAAUUUAGAAUUCAAUUUUGUUAUUAUAGUUUUUGAGUGAUAAUCGUUUAGGUUAAGGUACGAAGCAAAGAAAAGGCUAUAUACCGAAAAGGUCCUCACAAACUGGAACUUAAGAGGAUAGCUAUUACGUUAUUUUCGAAAAUUCGACAUAACUUUUCAAGAAUGGCUUUUAGUCAUAUUUUAAUUUUACCAUGUUAUCACUCAAAAUAUUCUUAUGGUGAUGCGUGUAGAAGUAUAGAUUUGAAAAACUGAAACGACGUAACAUUUCAUGGAAAUGAACUUGUGUUUUAAUUUUUAUUUAAAUAAGAUAUAAUAUAUAAUUUUAUUUAAUAAUUAUGUUACAAUCACAAAGAAAAACAUAAGUAUAAAAGUCUGAAAAAUGGAUGUUCAAAAAAUCUAUUAAUACUGUUAUUUUAAUCCGUACUAACCUAUACCAUCCUAAUUGUUAGGUUAUGUAUGAAAAUCUUAUCAGAUUCUCAGAACAUUUACAUAAUGUUGUAAACACGUUAUCCUCAUUUAAAAGAUUAUAUUUAUAUAUGGUAAAAUGAUCAAAUUAAAUUUACGAGUUUCUACAGAAUAUUUAAAGAAAUUAAAAAUUCAUUAUAAAGAUAAUAUUAGAGUCAAUAAUAUCAGACAAUACACAGAUUUUGUGAAAGUGGUUGAAGUAGGACCAAGAGACGGAUUACAAAAUGAGCCCAAAAUUGUACCUACUAAUACCAAAAUUCAAUUAAUAAAUAAACUAUCUGAAACAGGUUUGCAAAGUAUUGAAACCACAAGUUUUGUAUCGCCAAAGUGGAUUCCACAAAUGGCAGAUAAUGUUAUUCUUUUCACACAAAUAAAAAGAAAGGCAGGUAUAUCAUAUCCAGUACUGGUACCAAAUUUGAAAGGACUAGACAGUGCAUUAAAAGUAGGUGUUAAGGAAAUUGCAAUUUUUGGAGCUGCAUCAGAGACAUUUUCAAAAAAAAAUAUAAAUUGUUCAAUAAAUGAAAGUAUAAAAAAUUUUACAGCUGUUAUAAAACGAGCAAAUGAACAGAAUAUAAAGGUGAGAGGUUAUAUUUCUUGCAUUGCUGGAUGUCCUUAUGAAGGAGAGAUUAAGCCAAAAGUUGUAGUUGACUUGGCUUUAUUAAUGUUGAAUCUUGGAUGUUAUGAAAUAUCUUUAGGGGAUACAAUUGGUGUAGGAUCGCCUAAAAAGAUUAAGACACUUCUGAAAGAAUUACAGCAAGUAUCGUCAUACGAUAUGUCUAAAUUUGCUUUACAUUGUCAUGAUACUUAUGGUCAAGCAUUAGCAAAUAUAUAUGCGAGUCUUGAACAUGGCAUUAGAGUAUUUGAUUCUUCCAUUGCUGGACUUGGAGGAUGUCCAUAUGCAGCUGGUGCCUCAGGUAAUGUUGCAACUGAGGAUUUACUGUACCUUCUACAUGGACAAGGCUUAGAAACUGGAGUAAAUUUUAAUGAAAUAGUAGAAAUAGGUAAUUAUAUUAGUAAGGAACUAGAUAGGAAGAAUCAAUCUAAAGCUGGACUUGCUAUUCUUGCCCAAAGAAGUCAUUAAUCUUUAUAGACAUUUAUGUAUAAAUAUUAUGUUUAUACUAAUUUUAGGAGAAUCUGAUUAUAUAUACAUUGUAAAAAUAAUGU